AAAGUAAAAAGAAGAGAAAAAUGUCGAAGAAAUUUAUUAAUAGAUUUUUUAUUGGUUUGUAAAAAGGCAUUUGAGCAUGAAAUUUUGUGAAUGAGCUUUUCUGAGUUUUCAUGAAGAUUCGGGAAAACUGUCAAUUUUACGCGAGCAACGUAGAAUGUUAUCGAGAAUAUUCUACAGUCAGAAUAUCUAAAAUUAUUCAUGUGCCACCCAACCUUAUAAAAGUGGCCAGCAAGAUAGCAGAUGGAAGAAAUCAAUUGAAUCUUGAAAAAUAGGCGUGACAUAAUAAUAUUUUAUUUAUAUACUUUAUUUAAAUUUAAUUAAAAUUGUAUCUGGAAGUUUGAAUUAUUACAAAAUUUAAAUAAUGACUGUUGAAGGGGAAAUAGAAGCUGUUAACUACAAAGAGGAGGGCAAUAACGCUUUCAAAUCUGAAAGAUGGGAGGAUGCUGUUUCAUGUUAUACAAAGGCUAUAGCAGCUGGUGAAAAGCAUAAGGAGUUACCCAUUUUUUAUAAAAAUCGAGCUGCAGCUUACUUAAAACUAGAGAAAUAUAAAGAUGCUCUCAAUGAUUGCACCGAGUCUUUACGUAUUUCACCAAAAGAUCCAAAAGCUUUGUUUCGACGUGCGCAGGCCUAUGAAGCCUUGCAGAAAUUUGAGGAGGCGUACAAAGAUGCUACUGAUUUGUUCAAAGAAGAUCCUACUAACAAAUCGGUACAACCGAUGUUGCAACGCUUACAUCAAAUAGUUCAGGAGCGUGUGGCACAAAAUGCAAAAACUUCAACUAAGGUUAAUCAAAUGAUGGAUAUAACUUUUGACAUGGGAACUCCUUCCGAUAAACGUCGCUCGGGUGCCAAUAAUUUACUAGUUUUGGCUAAAGAAGAGGUCGGCGCACACAUGCUGUUUAAUGCUGGAUGUAUUACGAAAAUUUCUACAAUUACCAAAAUAGAAAAGGAUCCUGAAAUAUAUUGCAAUCUAAUUCGCGUCGUUGGUGAAUUAUGUGGAGGAUCUGUGGAUCGAACAAAGGCAGUAUUGAGAGAAUUGGGUGUACCAUGGUUCCUACAUGUCUUAGACCACAGGCACGAAGAACGUGUUACGGCAGCCCAAUACUGUUUACAAGCCAUUAUUAAUUCAUUGUCGGGCAUGGAAAACAAGCCAGAAAGCAAGCCAAAAAAAGAACUUUGUGAGCAGAAUAAAAAAGAAAUUGAUACACUUCUUACUUGCUUGGUUUACACCAUAACUGAUCGGACUAUUUCCGGGCCGGCACGUGAUGCUAUCAUCGAGUUAUUGACGCGGAAUAUUCACUAUACAGCCUUAGAAUGGGCGGAGAGGUUAGUUGAAAUUCGUGGAUUACAUCGACUAUUGGAUGUAUGCUCCGAGUUGGAGGAAUACAAAUACGAGAGUGCCAUGGAGAUAACACCUUCCUCGCGGACAAUUGCUUCGGUGUGCAUGGCUCGAAUUUACGAGAACAUGUACUAUGAUGAAGCAAGAAAGCGCUAUUCAGAUCAGAUUGAUGAAUAUGUUAAAGAUAAACUCUUAGAUCCUGAUAUGGAAUCAAAAAUUCGGGUAACUGUUGCUAUUACUUCUUUGUUGUCCGGUCCAUUAGAUGUGGGAAAUCAAAUUAUAGCAAGAGAAGGUAUUUUACAAAUGAUUCUGGCCAUGGCCACAACUGAUGAUGAGUUGCAACAACGAGUUGCUUGCGAAUGUAUAGUAGCUGCAGCUUCUAAAAAAGACAAAGCAAAAGCAUUAUGCGCUCAAGGUGUAGAUAUAUUGAAAAAUCUGUAUAAAUGUAAAAACGACAAUAUACGUGUGCGUGCGUUAGUUGGUCUAUGCAAACUAGGCAGUUACGGGGGACAAGAUGCUGCCAUACGACCGUUUGCUGAUGGAGCUACAAGUAAAUUAGCAGAAGCGUGUCGUCGUUUCUUAAUCAAACCUGGUAAGGAUCGUGAUAUUCGCCGUUGGGCGGCUGAUGGGCUGGCCUACCUUACUCUCGAUGCUGAGGUAAAAGAGAAACUGAUAGAGGACAAACCGGCCAUUCAUGCUCUAAUUGAUUUGGCACGAUCCGGCGACCAGUCCUGUCUUUAUGGUGUCGUCACCACAUUUGUUAAUCUCGUUAAUGCCUACGAGAAGCAAGAGAUGUUGGAAGAGAUGAUAGAACUAGCGAAAUUCGCCAAGCAUCAUAUACCAGAAGAACAUGAAUUGGAUGAUACGGACUUUGUGAAUAAACGAAUUACUAUUCUUGCUAAUGAAGGUAUAACAGGAGCAUUGUGUGCACUUGCUAAAACUGAGAGUCACAACUCUCAGGAGCUUAUUGCCAGGGUACUAAACGCUGUAUGUGGUUUACAAGAGCUACGUGGUAAGGUUGUGCAGGAUGGUGGAGUCAAAGCAUUGUUACGAAUGGCAUUAGAGGGUACAGAAAAAGGAAAACGUCAAGCUUCGCAAGCGUUAGCGCGCAUCGGUAUUACAAUCAAUCCUGAGGUAGCAUUUGCUGGGCAGCGCAGUUUGGAUGUUAUAAGACCAUUGUUGAAUUUACUGGCACCAGAUUGUACCGCAUUGGAGAACUUUGAAUCACUUAUGGCGCUAACAAAUUUAGCAGCGAUGAAUGAGAGUGUAAGGCAACGUAUAGUGAAGGAACAGGGCGUUUCGAAAAUCGAAAUUUACCUAAUGGAAGAUCACUUAUACCUAACGCGGGCAGCAGCACAAUGCAUCUGCAAUAUGGUUAUGUCAGAUGAGGUUGUGAAAAUGUUCGAAAAACCUAAUGAUCGUGUCAAGUUUCUUGCAUUGCUAUGUGAAGAGGAAGAUGAGGAUACUGCAAAAGCUUGUGCUGGGGCGCUAGCUAUGUUAACGUCAAUUUCCAAAAUCUGUUGCGUAAAAAUAUUAGAAAUUAGUUCUUGGCUACAGGUUUUGCAUACGUUAAUUGCCAAUCCAAGUCCCGAUGUCCAACAUCGUGGCGUGGUAGUCGUAUUAAAUAUGAUUAAUGCAGGCGAAGAUAUUGCCAAGAAGCUUUUCGAAACAGAUAUUAUGGAACUUCUUAGCGGUUUGUCACAGUUGCCAGAUGACACGCGUAAUAAAGCUCGCGAAAUCGCACAACAGUGUUUAACUGCAGCAGAGCGCUACAAUCUUAUUGAAAAGUCGGACGAUGCCGUGGUGCCGGAUGUGUUCCAAGAGGCGGCUCGAAUUGAAGAAAUAGACGAGCAAUAAUCUGGUUUUUACGUGUUAUGGAGAGAUUACAAUAAGUGCCAAAAGAAUUGGAUAUUUUUAAGCUUUUACAAUUUACCCGUUGCUCUUUUAGUUUUGUACUAGUACUAGUAUGCAAUCAUUCAUUCAUUUUAUGAUUCACAAAAAUUUAUUCAUUAAAAAUUUGUAUGAAAUUACAGAAAAU